AACAAUUCUAGUUAAAAAAAAAAAAACUGUUGAUAGUGCAAAUUAAACAAAACAAGUGUAAACCACGGUUCAAAAUACAACAUCAAACAAUAAGUUUCGAAACUAUAUUUUAUGCUUAUUACUGUUUAAAUCUAGAACAUAGUGCAACCCUAAAAAAACAAGUGACCACAGUGUAAAUAAAACAGUUAUUUAAACACAACAAAAAAUUCCAUAUACCUACCAAGUCCAAGAGAAAGCUAAACUCUAGAAGACUCAGAAUGGGUUGCAAGUUAUCUCAGCUCGCAGCAUCCGAGUUCUCGCAAGAUCCUCUAGACAGGCCGCCACCACCGGCUGACCCACGCUCACCUUUGACCCCUAAGCAGCAAUACUGCAUCAUGGCCUCUUGGAAAGGGAUAUUCAGACAGAUCGAGAAGACUGGCAUCAUUUUGUUUGUCAAAUUAUUCGAAGAAAAUGAAGACCUCCUGCACCUGUUCGAAGAUUUCCGCGAGCUUCGCACCAAGGAAGCCAUCGUGAAUUCAGAAGAACUGGCCGAGCAUGCCACUAAGGUGAUGCACACCCUGGACGAAGGCAUCAAGAGUCUGGCUGACAUGGACACGUUCUUCGCUUACGUCAGGCAUGUCGGCGGCACCCAUCGACAGGUUCCAGGCUUUAAAGCUGAAAACUUCAUGAAAAUCGAACAGCCUUUUCUGGAAGCAGCUAAAACGACGCUCGGGGACCGAUACACACCAAAUAUAGAAAACAUCUACAAAAUGACGAUCCGAUUCAUAUUAGAGAACCUAGUCAAGGGAUACGAAGAAGAAUAUGAGUAGCGAGACUUGGAAAACCAAUAAAUACAGUGUGGUUAGUAUGAGAGUUUACAUCUCACUAACGUAAAACGUUAAUAGAAUUCGAGCGUCAAAACAUAGCGUUAGAAUAAAAUGGGCCUGAAUAUCCUUGAUUAAAUAAAAAAACCCCCGGCCAAAUGCGAGUUAGACUCGCGCACCGAGGGUU